CCCGAUGCCGGCAAAUUCCUGCACUUCGACCACCUAACCUUCUGGGUCGGAAAUGCCAAGCAGGCUGCCAGCUACUACUGCACGAGGAUGGGCUUUGAACCCUACGCCUACAAGGGCUUGGAGACAGGGUCACGGGAAGUGUGCUGCCAUGUCGUUAGACAGAACAAGAUUAUAUUUGCGUUUGCUUCCGCCCUCAACCCGGGGAAUGAGGAAAUGGGCGUUCACUUGGUCACGCACGGAGAUGGAGUCAAGGACAUUGCCUUUUCCGUGGAAGACCUCGAUUCUAUCAUGAAGAUGGCGAAGGAGCGAGGGGCGAAGAUUGUGCGGGACAUCUGGGAGGAGGAAGACGCGGGGGGGAAGGUCCGCUUCGCCAGAGUACAGACGUACGGAGACACCACACACACUUUCGUGGAGCGUGGCAGCUACAAGGGACUCUUCCUUCCCGGCUUCCAUUCCCCUCUCACCGGACCCGACCCUCUUCUGAGCAAACUACCCCCCACACGCCUGGACUUCAUCGACCACAUCGUCGGCAACCAGCCCAACCUGGAGAUGGAGAACACGGCCUCCUGGUACGAGAAGCACCUCAUGUUCCACAGGUUCUGGUCGGUGGAUGACACGCAGAUCCACACCGAGUACUCCGCUCUUCGCUCCAUCGUCAUGACCAACUGGGAGGAAACCAUCAAGAUGCCUAUCAACGAGCCAGCGCCGGGAAAGAAGAAGAGUCAAAUCCAGGAGUACGUUGACUACUACGGAGGCGCGGGAGUCCAGCACAUCGCGCUCAACACCAAGGAUAUUAUCUCCGCGAUCCGCGACCUGCGCGAGCGAGGCAUGUACUUCCUGGUGGUGCCCAAGACGUACUACCAACAGCUUCGGGAGCGCCUCAAGGACUCGCCGACGAAGAUCGUGGAAGACCUCGACGCCAUCGAGGAGCUCAACAUUCUGGUCGAUUUCGAUGACAACGGCUACCUGCUGCAGAUCUUCACCAAGAACAUGCAGGAUCGGCCGACGGUGUUCCUGGAGGUCAUCCAACGCCACAACCACAGCGGUUUUGGUGCCGGUAACUUCAAGGCUUUGUUCGAGGCCAUCGAGCUGGAUCAGGCGGCGCGCGGAAACCUCUAAGGAAACCUCUUUUGGCAAUUGCAAAAGAUUUUUUUUUAGAAAUCAUAAAAGCAACCUCUUCGAAAAAUUAAGAGAAAAUAACAUGUUUAGAGAAGAAAUCCCUUAGAGAAAUAGGAAGCCAGUUUAACGUUUCUUCACAAUGGAAGUUUCUUUAAGCCUUUUUGGAAGGAAACCACCUUAAGAACGGUUUUCCUAUGGGUUCGUGGGUUAUUUCAUCCUUAUGAACCCGCUGUUUUCUCCUUGUACUUUCCUUCUGGACUUUAUUAUCACUACUUUUACUUCGUUCUUGUGUUUAUUCUUUCCUUUUUCAUGUUUCUUUUUCCGGUUGGCUUUAUAAUCGAUUAGAGUACUGUUCUCGUUGUAAUGUUUAUGUGUGGUUUGUUCAUAUACCAAACAGAAAAGCUUUUUUACUAUUGUUUUAAUUUCUCUUGUUAUUUUAGGUGACGGAAUUGUUAGUUUGUAUAUAAUGUAAAAUGAUAUAAAAAUCUUUUUAAAAGAUAAAGAAAUAUUCUAGAUUAAAAAUUAAUAGUCUAUUAACAAAUGUAAAACCAGUGCUAUUAAGUUAACUCUUAUCUUCCGAGAGAAUAUUGGGCAUUGGGCUCAAAACGUAGAUUAUUUUUGUAUUGUUUCAUAGCGAUAUAUGGAUGGAGAAUUUGUAAAAUCCGGUGAGAAUAAUAGAGAUUUAUGUGGUGCUU